GGGGACGGUUGAGGAUUAUUGUUUCAGUAUCUCGACUUAUUGGUAGCCCUUGUCGGGCACGAUGUGUUACGAUGCUUUCGACUGACAACAUUGAAUGUGACUCGACUGAAAGCGCAGAACUAUGAGAUCUCGACGAACUCACACCAAGAGCAGACUAGGCUGCGUCCAAUGCAAGCAACGGCGAAUCAAGUGCGAUGAGCAGAGACCUGUUUGCAAGAACUGUUUCAGACACAACAUCGAUUGCGUCUACUCGGUCUCGCCGGUCAAAAGCCGGUUGCUGGCCCAGAAUGCAACUACACAGUUGAGCGCAUCCAGCGUCCCUUCCGUCGAGUCUACGACUAUUGUGACCGACAAUGGCACUUCGAGUCACACGACAUCUCCCUCGAUCGUGUCCGCCGAGUCCGACCCGCUCAUAAUAUUGGAUCCGCAACGUGAUGGAAGUCUCCCAGCUGAUUUACAUCUACGAGACUUGGAAUUGAUGCAUCAUUACUGUCUUGAAAGUUACAAAACAAUCUCCCAGGACGCCGAAUUUGCACAACCCUUUCAAAGGGAAGUCCCCAAAAUCGCUGUGUCGCACCCCUUUUUGAUGCACGGAAUCUUAGCAAUGUCUUCUUUACAUUUGGCAUAUUUGAGCAAGAAUGGCGACCGGGUCAAUGAAUACGUUGAGCUUGCUGCUGGACAUCAGACACUGGCACUAGCAUUAUUUAGGAAGGAACUGGAUAAUAUAACGCCCUCGAAUAGUGCGGCACUAUUCGUGUUUUCAAGUAUAGCGACUGUGCUAGCCUUUGCCUCCCCACAGAUAACGGGAAUGCACUCUUUUUCGCCAAUCGAUGAGAUGCUUCAAAUCAGCACUUUAUGUCGGGGACUCGCAGAAAUCCUCCAAAAAUCAAGAGGCUGGAUGGCAAACUCCUCGGAUAGCUGGGUUACGGAUAUGGUCUCUACCAGACACCGAUCGGCGGAAAUGCAACCCUUGCCGGCUGACAUCGGGGCGAAAUUGUCCUCUGUGUACAAGCUCAAUGCGGAUCUGACAAGAACUGGGUUCAAUAUUGAAGAAGCAGUAGCAUGUGAAGAAGCGAUCGCUGCGCUGUCACGUUCUUUCCAGCAACUCCAUUCGGGUUAUGAUUCCAUCACUCUCUUCAGGUGGCCCAUUGUUAUCAAGCCGAUUCUGUUUACACACAUGCGGGAUCGCCGCCCAAUGGCCCUGGUUGUACUGGCCCAUUUCUGUAUACUGCUUCAUAAAGUAGACGACCGCUGGUGGGUGGAAGGCUGGCCUCGCCUACUGGUACGGUCAAUCUACGACGUCUUGGAUGUCUCUUGGAGAGAACAUAUCCGAUGGCCCAUGGAGGCUCUUGGGCUAUUACCUUGAGCCUGACCCCAGCCUCAAGGACAAGGCUAUAACUAAUCUAUGACUCAGCUGGAGAGGCUGUAGAUGACCCUAGCAUGUAGAUUGGCAGUGGGCAAAAGCGGGCAAAUACUAGGCAGUAAUCAUUGAACUGCUUUACGCAGCAGCCCGUGCCCUCUGCCCUAUCCACCAUCUACAUCAGUCCGACGAGUCAAAAGAUGCCAUUUGGCAUUUUAUAGUCGCACUUUUUCGGCUUGGCGUUUCCAGAGCACUGUCAACUCAACGAUUUUUGUCUGAUAUGCUCAAACGAAGGGCGUGGAAUUGGAUGGAACAUGAGACGGUGAAUCUUUGUACAAAAUCGCCUGGUUUUCUUGCACGCUUUUUUUUUUUCUCUGGUGGCUUGUGACAUUGAUUUCUCGUGUCGAUGCUGCGUUACUGUUGGAUUUGGCGUUGAGAUUGUAUGGAUAAAUAGUAGGAAUAUUUGUCGAGCGUACAUAGAACAGAGUAGAAGGAAUGAUAGAGAAGGUCGAGGUGGGUCGCUGAUGACUCAAUUGGUUAAUCACCCACGUGACACUGUCGCCAGAUCAUCUCAACAUCU